AUGGAUUCACAACUUAAAUAUGUCAUAAUUUUAUUUUUGAAUAUGCUUGAAUAUUCAUCAGGAAUAGUAUAUAAUAAAGGUAAUAUGAAGAAAAGCUUUGCUUGUUCCAGUGAAACCUACCCCAAAGACAAUGAAAUAAUCAAGCUGUUUCUUUCCUUGGACAACUUGGUAAUUAACUGUUUUUUCCAAACUGGAGAUGAACGUACUUCAAAGGGAUUGCUGAGUGUGUUCACAUCUGGAGGACUUGCUCCCAGCCUGGAAAUCCUAAAUAGUACUUACCAGGGCAUCUUCCACUUCAAUUUGACUUUGUUCAGUGACCGGAUUUUCUGGUUAAUUGAUAUUCCUAGAGAAAACAUCACAAGAAACACAGAUAUUGCAGCUACAGAAGAAUGGCUAGUUAGGAUCUCUUUACAUCAAGGAUUAAAUAUUUAUACUACUGAAGGAACUCUGUUGGACAGAGUUCGAGAACCUAUUCUUCAGUGGACUCUUGGAACUGUAAUGACCCUAGACCAGGUCAAGGAAUUAUAUCCACAUGUACUAGAUAUCAAAGUGGCAAAGUGCCCCUGUGCCAAUGAUGUAGCAUUAAUCACCUUUGUUUUGAAUUCCACAUAUAAUGGUGUUUAUGUCGGCGUCACCUUCUCUGGAUUCUGGUAUUACGAGGAUAUUACGUGGUAUAAUAUGACAGAAAUCAUCUAUUCGAAACUUCAGGAAGAACAUUCAAAGCUUACAGCAAUAGACAUGGUCUUAACAAAUCAUUAUUUAGUUAUCCUCACCUCUUUGGGUCUUUAUGUAAGUAAAGAUCUGCGCCAGCCAACCACCAAGCUCAUACAGCUCACAAGGGCAGACUUUUGUGGCUUUGAAAGGGUUGACUAUAUCAAAGGAAAGUUGUGGUAUAGUGAAAGAUGUUUUGCUAACAGAGAAAAAUUUGAAGUUGACUAUGUUACUAUCACCUUUGACAGGAAUAGGACCCUAAGUGAGGCAAGCGCUUGCUUUUUUAGUGAAGAACCAUUCCUUGCCUGGACACCUUGCAUAAGUUAUAAUUCCAGAAGUGUAAGAUCUUUUCCAAGGGUGGUAACAUUUCUUGUUGACCCAGAGCAAAAUACUGGCAUUUACCUCUUCCAUGAUUUGACUACCAAACGUACCAUGGUUACUGUGAAUGUUCUAAAGAAUAACCAACCAAGUCUCCAAGUCAAAUUUCCUCCUUUCAGGUUUCCUGCACUAUUCACUAACCCUCAAGGGAUGGUAUUUCAUCCCCGAAGCCACUUUCUAUAUGUAUAUGGCAACCAGGUAUGGCUUUCAUUGGAUGGCGGCAACAAUUUCGAGCUCCUCUGUGAUUUUUACAAUACUAUCAUAAAGAGCACUUCCCAUAGCUUUUAUACUUCAGAUAUUGUUCUAGUUUCCAAAAACGGGAGGAUUUACUUGACCAAGGCAGGAAUGCAAAUAUACACUGGAAUUGGAAAAUUUGAUGACCCAGUUUUCGUAAUAUAUUAUGAUCAUUUGGGAUUCAUACAUAAACUAACUCCAGACCACUUUGAAACUGGUGAAAAAGUUGGAGCCUUGGGAAGUUCUACAAGUAUUUUUCAAUCGGCUCCUGAUUUGGGCUUUGAGACUGCGCUUGCUCCACAGUAUAUCUCUCGUAAUGAGAUGGCUUUCUUUGCAUACGUACCUCUGAAUCAACCUCAGGACGUAAUACGCAGGAAGAGGUUUCGAAAUUUUCACUUUUCAAAACUGAUACAUUCUGGUAAAGCUGGAAUCGCUUAUGUGAAGCAGGUCCUGCACCAUGAAGAGCCUGUAGGAUUUUUAUCCUCAGUCCUUACUGAAGUGCUAGAACCCUUCGCAGUAGAAGAAGCAAAUGAGAGCUCUUGUUUGUAUAGCUCUCUUUCCUUUGAGGAGACUAGUACUUCCUCCUAUAAACUUGUUCUUGACCCACAAAACCCCAAUGCCUCAUUUCAAGCUAUGGAUAUAGAGAAGACAGUGGUCAUUCCUGGCUACAGCAGUUUCCUGAUCCUAGAGAUUAUAGAUACGAAGAAUGCUUUGGCUUUUGCUACUAUGCCUAGGAGUGUGCCCAAAAAUAUUACUUUUCUAACUGGCCAGUGGUUCUUACAUGACUUUGGAGAAAAGAAUGGACGAAAAUGGAAAAUAUUUGUGAGACCCUGUAAUUAUUUGCUACAGCAACUUGAUGAGGGUCAGUCCAUCAACUCUGUGAAAUACAUUGACGUGGGAAACACUCAGAAGAUCUCUGUUAAGGUCAUACCCAAAACAAAAGGUACUCGGACACUUACUAUCCCAUUGAUUAGAGUAGUAAUUGGAAACCCAAAUUUGUUGGAUGUUACAGUAAAUGGCUCUUUUGACAGUACUGAUAGUUAUUCAAUGGACAUUUCUGUGACUAGCAGAAGUUUACGUCAAGGUUCCACUUCACUGGCUUUGCUUAUGUGGGGAGCCUCGACCAUGUGCUUCGUGACCACGCUGGUGCCCACACUCAAAAGCAGCUGCAGUUACCUGAGGUCUAUGCGCCAUGUGCCCAGCACAGUCAUCCCGCCUGAGGACUGGAUUAGUGGAGAGCACCCAGACAGUCAGGGGUUCAACAUGAUCAAAACACUGCCAGUAAAUUACAGGCCUCCAUCCAAUAUGGGAAUUGCUAUUCCACUCACAGACAAUUUUUAUCAUGCAGAUCCUAGCAAACCCAUACCUAGAAAUCUGUUCCGCAAGUCACAGAUAACUGGGAAAUACAAACAGUGUGCUUUCGCCUCCAACCGGGAGGACUGUAAUUGCACAAAUGACCAGAAGCUUUCAUACUCUGUGGCUUUCUCCGAUUGCAAAGAAAAAGUUCCACGUUUUAAGUUUCCGGUCACACAAUAUCAAGUUUCCUUGGAAAUUUUCAGCGAGUACGGAAUUAUCCCGGUGAAACCUUCAUACCUGGUCACGGUGACCGAAGUGAACACGAGGAGGAACUGGGAACUAAAACACACUAUACCUGAAAGUAUUAAAAAAAUGAAAAACUAUUUAGAACCAGUUCUUCAAGCUUCAGUAUAUAAUCCUUUAGGUCUCAACCUAAGUAUAAAGGGUUCUGAGCUGUUUCACUUUAGAGUGUCUGUUGUUCCUGGGGUCACUUUCUGUAACUUAGUUGAAGAAUUUCAGAUCUAUGUUGACGAGGUGCCAUUGCCAUUUCCGGGACAUACCCUUAUUGCUGUGGCAACGGCUGUCGGACUUGGGGGAUUAAUUUUUAUGGUAUUUAUGUUCCAGCUGCGUAACAUCCACCCAGGGAAGGCACUUAAAAAGUGGAUUCAAAGAAACAAAGUGAAUGUGUCAAAUACCAGUGUCACAUAGCUGACUCAUAAACAAAACAUAGUGCAUUUGUCCAGAUGA